UAAAGGAGUGCGCGGUUUUUCCCGUGAUGUCAAAAGAUCAGCUGGUCUUGGGGAUUCACAGAAUCCCAAUAUAUUCGCAUGACGACAUUAGAUAUACAAAUGGUGAAUCCCUCAUCUCGCCCACAGAAGCCAGUUUUCAUUACUAUUUACUACUUGACCAUAGGAUGACGACUAAGAAAAGAGGCCUAGCUAUUUUAUACGCAGUGCACUAGCUAGGCUUAUUUUUCACCCCAACCGCAAGCAUCAGUGCAUUCUGUCUGACAUGCAUUCUUAUGAUCAUGCUUACAGGAAUUUCAUUUUUCUGCAAGCAUUGGCUUGUUAUUCAUAUGACCCAAUUGCCUGGCUUCUGUUAACAACGACUUGAGGCAAGACGAGGAUAUGUGCACAGCAGCGUACAGUACUAAAUCAACAAUUUACCAGUGGUAAUAGCUGGAAGCUCCACAUAAGAGGAAGUUCAUCCUUGGGACCAAAAGGAAAGAUACAUUUUCUCCCAACAAUGAUGGCAGUUUUACAGUUUAGUCUUCUGAUGUUAUUUCUUGUACCACAUGUCACAGAAAUGUCUGCAACGACCCCACUUGUCUCCCCAAAAGGAGUUUGUAUAUCACCUAGCAGUAGGGCAACCUUGAGAUUUCAGUGGAAAGCUGUAAAUGCAGACCCCAAUGAUGAGACACUCCAGGUUACCUGCUAUCUGCAGAAUGGAACAGCAAUUGUGAUGAAAGAACCCCAAGUGCAAAGCAUUAAGUACUGCACCACACAGGGAUCAUGGGUGUUGGAAACGACUCUCACAGUGCAGGAUGUAACUGCCAACAUGUUCAGUUUCUGUAAUUGCUCUGUGAUGAAAAAUGGUGAAGUGCUUGAAAAAAAGCCAAGCAGGGAGGCUAUGUCCAAGGCAAAUAUUUGGACCCGCAAUGACUCCAUGCUUUUGCUGUCACAAGAGGACGUGUUGAUUACCCCAGGCAAAGAGUUAGACAUAAAAUUUGACUUGAAGUGUGAUGAUGGGGGAUGGUUUGAGGUCAUCAAAAUCUACGACGAUGGACACAGGAAACAUUUAGAGUUCAAGUUCGAAGGCAACAAUCAAGGUCAGGAGCCUUUCAUCCUGAUAAGAGAUGGACUGCUACCACUGCUUCGCUUUCCAGCCCUAAGAUGCAGUGAUGCUGGUCGCUACCUUAUCAUUUACUGGGCCAGCAGGAAUUUCGUACGGGUUGAGACACAACUGGAACUGCGAGUACAUGCUAAUGAGUCAACCUGCCCCAAGCCUACUGCCAUCGCAGGAAUGUUCACAGGAGCAGGUGAGAGUCUGACUAAGAGUUCCAAGUCACAUGACAGGCCUACUUGUAAUCCUGAAAGUGGUACCUGUAACAAAGUGGCUAUCGGAAUUGGAUUCCCCAUCAUGUUUGCUUUGGGUGGGGCAUGUGUGUAUAUAUUUAUGGCUUGCUGGAAUCGUCACCACAAAAAGAAAAUGAGAGUAAACAAAGAGGAACCUGAGAAGUGUGAUACAUUGUUGAGACAGCAAGGGCCUAAUCCUGACUCGGAGCAAACUUAACACAUCGCUGCCAAUAUAAACUUGGCUGCUUGAGUAGCGAGAUGCCUUUUUGUGGAAGGUCUUCACCACCACACACAAGUGCCCUCACAGUUUCCCAGCAGCUGAUCCAUCACCUCAUACUACAAGGGAAUAUGAUCAUGCUCUUUCAUCACAAAUGUUGGCAUAUAUAGAUCAUCCCAUUCAGGAUAAGAAACUUUCCUCUCUGACCAGUUGUACUAUUAAACAACUUCAAAAGAGUAGGAUUUUUACUUAUCUAGGUGUGGACCCAGGGAAGAUGGACCAAAAUGUUUCAGAUAAAAGAAGUCUGAAGUUGCUUAAUUGUGCUUUAGUAAACACAUAUUUUGGUGACAUGUUUCUGAAAUUUGAGACCCCUUUAGGUUGAAUGCAAUUAUAAAAUGCCUAUGGAGGUAGAGCGUGGCCUUAUCUUUAUUUGCAAUGAUCAAUUUGAAUGUUACCAUUUGUUUUAAUAUUUUAUCUUUCCAUGUAGAAUUUAUUGUUUGAUAAUGUUAAGAACUUGAGAACAUUUUUGAAGAUUUUGCAUGGUGAAAAGUAGAAUCUUUUUUGAUCAAUACAUUUGAAAAGAUUAAUGAAGAUCUACAAUCAUCAUGGGUUGUAUGAGUUACUAUUUGUGUGUCUACAUUGUUGCAGUAUAAUUGUAUACUAUUGAGAUACACGUGUAUUACAGUGGCUGUACUGGCAAAGAAAAUAUGAAUGAUAUGGAAAUUAUGAAAAAGCCUAGGGCCUAAUUCAUAAUUGUAAAUUUUGCUGUAUAUUUAAAUUUUGCUGGAAAUAUUUAGGAACUCAGUUUGUUAUUGUAUAUACUGCACUGUGACAAAAAUGCACUUUUCUUUAUUCAUACUGUUGCGCUCCCGCAAAUCUUGGAAUUCUAGCGCCCCCUAGUUUUACUC